AUGCUGAGGUUGGCCCCCGCCGUCAGGCUGCUGAAAGCACCCCUGGGGGGCUGGGUGGUCCCCAAGGCACACAUCUCUGCCAAGCCGGCCAAAACACCCACUUCUCCAACGGAGCAGGCCAUCGGGCUCUCUGUGAUGUUCCUCGGCUUCCUGAUUCCUGCAGGCUGGGUCCUGUACCACCUGGAGAGCUACAAGAAGAGCUCCAUAGCAUGA